GGCGACUCGUCCCAGUCCAACCAGAGUCCACAGGAGGCGCGCCGGCUGUCCAUCCAGCGAUGCAUCCAGUCGCUGGUCCACGCUUGUCAGUGCCGCGACGCCAACUGUCGUCUGCCCAGCUGCCAGAAGAUGAAGCGUGUGGUGCAGCACACCAAGAGCUGCAAGAGAAAGACCAACGGCGGUUGCCCCAUCUGCAAGCAGCUGAUCGCCCUCUGUUGUUACCAUGCCAAACAUUGCCAGGAGCAGAAGUGUCCCGUGCCGUUCUGUCUCAACAUCAAGCACAAGCUGCGGCAGCAGCAGCUGCAGCAGAGGUUACAGCAGGCGCAGAUGCUGCGGCGGCGCAUGGCGACCAUGCAGAGCAGAGGGAUGACGCCCAGUCAGCCGUCUCUGCCUCCUCCCAGCGCGCCUGCCACUAUGCCAACUCAGCAGACGCUGCAGACACGCCCGCCGUCCCAGGGGAAACCUGGCAAGCCCACCCACCCUGGCAAGCCUGGCAGCAUGGCCCCUCCCCCUGCAGCGCCGCCCGCAGCCAUUCAGGCUGCAGAGGAGGCCAAGAGAGCAGCGGCGCUGGCUGCAGCACAGCAGGGCGGCUUCGGGCGAGGGAUGCCUAACCAGGGCCAGCAGAUGCCUCCCCCACAACUCAACAUGCCC